GCUGCCCGUCCCCUGCAGCCCCCCACCCACUGCUGCACAUCCCCAUGGCCCCCACCCGGGGCACAGCCCUCACCGAGGUGGGCUAAGGGACCACCAGGCUGUGGCCCACGCAGCUCUUUCUCUAUCACAGCAACGUCCCUGAGGUGCUCAGACCUUCUCCCAGCUCAGAGCUUUGUUUUUGGAAGGGGGGAGGGGGGCUCAGGGCAGUCCCAGGUGCCACGGAGCAUUUUGGGUGGAGGAUCUGAAGCCCCUGAGUCCCUUCAUCCCUCUCUAUCAUCCCCAGGUGCCAUUGGGGGACACAGGGGACAGGUGGGGGGGGGGCUGCAGUGCCCCUGGGGGUCCCUGUCCUGGCGUAUCUGGGGCAGCAUGGGGGGAUGCAGCAUUUGUGGUGGUGGCGGGGGGGAAAUUGCAUCCGAAUGUCAUCGUUUCACCAGCGGAAAUCGCUUCCAUCGGGAUGGCAUUCUCAGGCAGAUGGGAGCGUUUUCCAGCUCCACCAUCCCCUGAAUGCAUGGGGUGCUGCGCUGAGCACCAGGGGCCCCGGGGGAGGCUGUGCCCCACAGGCUGUGCCCAGGGACGUGCAGCCCAGCUUGCAGCAGAGCGCAGCGAGCCUUUGCCCCCAGCCCUGGUGCUCGGAGGAGCUGAGCCUCUUCCAGGGAUGGCUCCCGCUCCCCUGAGCAGAGGUAGGAGCACAGUGUGGGUUCAGCCCCAGAAGAGUCCCAGCCCCCGGCAUCCUCCCUUGCUUGUGGCUGUGGGUUCUGCACCCCAAGCAGGAGCGGGACGCACCAGCAGCACGCUCAAAGCUCCCUUUGUGUCCAGAGAUCUCCAGCUCGUUCCUCUCCAUCACAGCCACAUGCCCGGCAAUGUGGUGAGCGAAUGUCUCUCGCAUUGUUCCUUGAAAUGAUCGUUAUAGACUGACAGAAGGAGAGGAACUGGCAGGCGGAGAUGCGUUCACGAAAAAAUCCCCUGCAAGGUCAGUUUAAAUAAGUCUCCAUCAUCGUUGGGAGCGCUGCGUGGGAGAGCUCGUGUCAGCUCCUUGCCGUGGCCAGGCUGCUCCUCUCCAGCCAUGUCACCCCGCAGUGCCACCGUCACCUCUGUGCUCCUGGUCAUCUCCUCGCUGCCCUGGGGCAGCCACUGCUCUGGAGGUGUCGUAUCCGCACAGCCCCCAUGGGUGCAUGCCAGGCAGGGGCUGGUGAUUUACCCAAAGGGACAGCGCAGUGGCUCUUCCCAGUGCCCACGGCUCGGGGCCAUCACCACUGUGUCCUGCCCCCACCAUAGGACUCUUGGCCCCAAGCCCUUCCCAGGGGCACCUGAGCCAUGGGUAUGAGACAUGCUGGGGCUGCAGGGCUGUGCCUUGAGCUUCAUGGUGCUGGCAGCCGGCUGAGCCCCCCCUCUGCCCGCAGGCUGGUCUCAGGGAGGGAGGAGAUCAAAUCCCACUCCCGCAGUGCGCCCCAGCCCAUGUCACCCUCUGAUUUCCUGGACAAGCUCAUGGGACGAACGUCAGGGUACGAUGCCCGGAUCCGACCCAACUUCAAAGGUCCGCCCGUCAACGUGACAUGCAACAUCUUCAUCAACAGCUUCGGCUCUGUCACCGAGACGACCAUGGAUUACCGUGUGAACGUCUUCCUGCGGCAGCAGUGGAACGACCCCCGGCUGGCUUACCGCGAGUACCCCGACGACUCGCUCGACCUCGACCCUUCCAUGCUUGACUCCAUCUGGAAGCCGGACUUGUUCUUUGCCAAUGAGAAAGGGGCCAACUUCCACGAGGUCACCACCGACAACAAGCUGCUGCGCAUCUUCAAGAACGGCAACGUGCUCUACAGCAUCAGGCUGACACUGAUCCUGUCCUGCCCCAUGGAUCUCAAGAAUUUCCCCAUGGACAUCCAGACGUGCACAAUGCAGCUGGAGAGUUUCGGCUACACCAUGAAUGACCUCAUCUUUGAGUGGCUGGAGGAACAGGAGGCCGUGCAGGUGGCAGAGGGCUUGACACUGCCACAGUUCAUCCUCAGGGAUGAGAAGGACCUGGGCUACUGCACCAAGUACUACAACACAGGCAAGUUCACCUGCAUUGAGGUGAAGUUCCACUUGGAGCGGCAGAUGGGCUAUUACCUGAUCCAGAUGUACAUCCCCAGCCUGCUCAUCGUCAUCCUCUCCUGGGUCUCCUUCUGGAUCAACAUGGACGCGGCGCCGGCGCGGGUGGGCUUGGGCAUCACCACCGUGCUCACCAUGACCACUCAGAGCGCCGGCUCCCGUGCCUCUCUGCCCAAGGUCUCCUACGUGAAGGCCAUCGACAUCUGGAUGGCCGUCUGCCUGCUCUUCGUCUUCGCCGCUUUGCUGGAAUACGCCGCCGUCAACUUCGUCUCGCGGCAGCACAAGGAGUUCAUGCGCCUGCGGCGACGGCAGCGGCGGCAGAGGAUGGGCCUGAGCAGCGGCACGGCCAGCCUGGAGUCCCUGGGGCAGCUGAGCAGCCAGCACAGCGGCGAGCACACCUACGCGACGCUCUCGCAGCUCUCCAGCUCCAGGGAGGAAGAGCUCAUCCGUGAGAGCCGCUUUUACUUCCGAGGCUACGGGCUGGGCCACUGCCUGCAGGAGAAGGAGGGGGCUGGGGAGGGUCCCGGAAUCUACAGCCCCCCCCCACCCAGUGCACUGCUGCAGGAAGGGGAGACCCUGCGCAAGCGUUACGUCGACCGUGCCAAGCGCAUCGACACCAUCUCCCGAGCCGUCUUCCCCUUCACCUUCCUGGUCUUCAAUAUCUUCUAUUGGGUUGUCUACAAAGUGCUGCGCUCAGAGGACAUCCACCCGGUGCCCUGAGGCCCCCAGAAGGCCCAAGGACCUCUUGGCUGGAUGCUGCCGUGUGCCCGGAGGCUGUGAGCACCCGGUGCCAGACUGCUGUGUCACUGAGCCAUGGACAGCAGUGAGCCAAGCAAGGGGCUGUGGUCCCCUCUCCCUGCACAGCCCAGAGCUCCGUGGUGGGAGAUGGUGGGCAGCCCCUGCCUUGCUGACCCCAUCCCUUGGCUUCCCCCUCAGCCCCAGGAACAGUGUCCCUGGGUGGGCUCACUCCAUCUGCUCCUCCACCAGAGAGGAGAGCAUCCAAGCCCUCAAUUUAAAAACUCAGCAAGGCUUCCAGCCCUCCUGACCUGGAUAUCCUCCAUGCUUAGCAGGAAAUAAAAGCAGUAGGUGACGCUGACGUAGGUCCUACAGAGAGAAACGUGUUGAUGCUCUCCUUUCCCCCACUCACAGCAAUUCCAGGUGGGGCACGCAUCUUUGGUGGGGUGUUUCGCUGCAGCCUCACAGGUUCUGUGGGCAGGAUGGAGAUGGGAUUUGUCCCUUUCCUCAGCAGACCUGGGACCACCAUGGCACAGCGAGGUGCCAGGUACCAUGGCAGGGGGACACAGGCAAGGGGCAGCACAGCCCGGGCAGACAUCCCACUCACAGCCCCCAGCCUCUCUCCCUGCUCCUUGUGCAGGCGUUGCCCUCUCCCUCUCCCCAGUAACCAGGAGUCCCCAGCACCCACUUUCCCAGCCCCCGCCGAGCCACAUGCACUCAUUUCACAGAUGAGGUAAGCAAAUGAAAAGCAUCCCCAGGAGACGCCAGGGGUCCACCAGGGCGGGUGGAGAUGGCUCCAUCCCAUUGCCACUGCCACUGCGCCAUCCCAGAAACAGCCUCCAUAGACUUGUUGUUUUGGGGAAGCCCAUUUGGAGGCACAGGUCUCCACUACCCACCACUGACCCAAACUGAGAGGUGCCGGCACCCACAGGCACAGAGUGGCCAACCAAACCUCCAGCAACAGUGGGUUUUUAAACAGCAUUGAUCUUCCUACACAAAUAAAGUCUGUCUGGGAUUUUCUGCAGUGUGUUGGAGGUUUCUCUCUGCCCAGAACCCCAUGCCUUGGAGCAGCUCCCAGCUGCAGGAAGGAUGUGGGUGCACCAGCCUUAUGGUAAUGGGAGCCCUGCAAUUAUGCCCAGACCUUGUUAUCUCCAUUUAUCUGAUGGGGUUUUGCCUGGGGGACAG